AUGGGCCCCCUUUACAAUCACAUCACAACUCAGCAGCCCCCUUUAGAGGAGUGGCGCUCGUUUGUGCACUGCACGCACAUGCUGGGGCUAGAGCUGGGGAAGCAGGAUCACUUCAAAGGGCAGGAAGGUGAGGGAGCGGAUGGGAGGGGAAUGGAAGUGGGUGGAGAGGGGUUGAGAGCGGUGGUGCUUGUGUGUGUGCACUGCACUCACAUGCUGGGGCGAGAGCUGGGGAAGCAAGACCACUUUAAAGGGCAGGAAGAGCUGGGGAAGCAGGACCACUUCAAAGGGCAGGAAGGUGAGGAGAAAACGGGGGGGGGGAAGAGAUGGCAAGGGGGAGGAGAGGGGUUAAGAGGACUGGCGCUCGUUUGUGCUGUGGAGUGGACGCAUUUGCUGGGAAAGCAGGACCAUUUCAAAGGGCAGGAAGGUAAUCAAAAGGGGAAAGGCGAGAGAGGGGGCGAGAGUGGUGCUUGUGUGUGCCUACUGGACGCACAUGGUGGGGCAGCAGGACCGCUUUAA